GUUAGAGCAGUCAGACACACUAACACGUACACACACCGACACCCACACACACACACACUCUCCUGGAUGUGCGUUAAAACUCCAUAACUAACGUGUCUCUGGAGCGCGCGCCACGUGAGACGCGCACGGUUUCACCUGUAAUAUGCGGAGCAUCUGCAUGACAAUGUGGUUUCCUGGAUGUCGGAGAUUUAGAUUUAGAAACAUUCUGGGACUAAUUUGAAAACCUUUGAAAACCUCUUAAUCAUCGAGCACGGUUUUUUUUUUUUUUUUUUUUUUUUUUUUUUUAUUUUUUUUUUUAUUUUUUUUUUUGAGAAAACCCUCGGGAAUGGCCAAGACGUCGCUUCUGGAUUUGGGCGUUUUGAUUUUAAUCGGAUUAACAGCCGCACGUGCAAACGGCGUUUCACUGCACCGGCUUGUCGCGCGCGAGGACAACGCGUUUGAGCCCGAGCGAGUGAGCAGUCCAUCGGCACCGACAGCACGAGCGCACGAAUCCGCCGACGACCACGACGACGUCGUCACAGGAUCGUCGUGCGACUCUCUUCCGCGGAACAGAGUCAGGCGGUGCACGUGCUAUACGUACAAAGAUAAAGAGUGCGUUUAUUAUUGCCACCUGGACGUCAUCUGGGUGAACACGCCGGAGCGCAUUGUGCCAUAUGGCAUGUCGAGUUACAGAGGAUCUCAGCGUGCCCGGCGCUCUGCAACAGAAGGUGGAAAGAUGCAGCGAUGUGUGUGCGCUCUGCAAAGCGAUUCACAUUGCAACAGCUUCUGUGGAAAAAGGGGGCAGUUACCCUGACCAUCUGUUGCUGGACAGCCAAGCCAUGCUAGAAACCUCCUUCCCAUGCAUUCUUCUGUCCUAACACCUGGACUUACCUUAGAGAAAAGCAGCUUAUCUGUCUGAAGAGGAGGAGGAUUUCCAUUAUCCAGAGAAGAGACAUGGACAGGAAAGAAGAAGAACACAAUGGAGGGUUGUGGAAUGCUUAAGCAACUAACGAGCCUGUAGAAUAAGAUUGGAGUGCGAUUCACACAGCGGAUAAUUAACACAACAAACUGGCUUCAUGCUAACUCAUCAUGUUACAGCUCGUCUUUUGCACCCAACACCCGAGGCCGACUCUUUCCACUGACUAUUGGCUCUGCUUCGUCUGUAUUAAUCAAAGACACGCAGAGCAACAAUCAAGACUAACCCACUAUAACAAUUUCCGAUUUAACUGAUUUCCGAAUUACAGAUGAUCAGAUUCGGUGGCUGUACACUGUAGAUACUAAGGCGACGAUCUGUUUUCUUAUUUUGCAGCCAACAAUACUGUGUGGAAAUGCUUCUCAUUAGAUGGCACUUAAAUAAAGACUCGUUAAAGGAGGGAAAAAAUGAGAACUAUACAGAAAGCAAGACGUUUUCAUCUGCUAAUAUACUAGUAAUUAAAAUGAUCUGUUUUAUAAUAUAAACUUAUUAUAAACUAUAUUUUUACUUGUGUAACUUUGGGCAUUGCAUCACAUAAAAAAAUUUCAGCAUACAAAUUCUAACAAUUUAUUUUGCCGUAUUGUGUGAUAUAAUUGACAUGAUCCCCCUUUUUAUGACAAUUGGUGAUUAUUGUAAUGAUUGUGAUUAUUGGUGGUCUUUAUCUGGUGUCCAGAUAAAACUCUGUGUGUGUGUGUGUGUGUGUGUGUGUGUGUGUGUGUGUGUGUGUGUGUGUGUGUGUGUGUGUGUGUGUGUGUGUGUGUUCAUUUAUUAACCAUACGAUUCCUCCAUUUAUAACUACGUUCUGGAAUGUCUGUGAAAGUUAUUUCCUGUACUCAUUUUAUAGCAGCUAUAAAUAGUUGUUCCUUCACUAGCCAUUCUGGACAACCGGACAGUUGUAGAUUUGGAA